UUGCAACACAUCCAACCACUGACACAUACAUAGAAGAGCACAAAGCAAACCACAUAAAGAUCAACACACUCAUCCAUGUUGAUCUGGUUCAAACACACUUAGCCUACACUGAGGAUAGACAGCCAGGUGAGGAUGGGUGACCUUGUGAUAUUAUUGCUCACACUUUUUCCUGGUCUGUGCAUUGCUGAUUUGACAGAGAAUCUCGCUGCUGGAGCAGAAGCUGUCCAGUCUUCUACAUACAGUCAUUUAGGAGCUGCUCAAAAUGCUGUCGAUGGCAAUACGGAGUCAAAUUACAUGCUCGGGUCCUGCACUCACACUGCAGGGGACGAUCCCUGGUGGAGAGUUGAUCUGAAGGAAGUGCACAAGGUAACCAAGAUUAUCAUCACUAAUCGAGGAGACUGUUGUGAAGAGCGGAUAGUUGGUGCUCAGAUCCGCAUUGGCAAAAGCCUGGAAAAUAAUGGCAACAACAAUGAGCUGGUUACAACUGUUGGGUUCAUCCCACCUGGAGGCACAAAAACAUUUGAUUUUAAUCCUGUUAAGGGAAGAUAUGUCAACAUUUUUCUACCCGGGCAUGGGAAAUACCUCACUCUCUGUGAAGUUCAAGUAUUUACAGCAAAGAAGACAUCAGAGUGCCCUUUUGUUUCAAAGAAUCUCGCUGCUGGAGCUGAAGCUGUCCAGUCUUCUACAUACGAUCGUUUAGGAGCUGCUCAAAAUGCUGUCGAUGGCAACACUGAGUCAAAUUACAUGCUCGGGUCCUGCACUCACACUGCAGGGGACGAUCCCUGGUGGAGAGCUGAUUUGAAGGAAGUGCACAAGGUAACCAAGAUUAUCAUCACUAAUCGAGGAGACUGUUGUGAAGAGCGGAUAGUUGGUGCUCAGAUCCGCAUUGGCAAAAGCCUGGAAAAUAAUGGCAACAACAAUGAGCUGGUUACAACUGUUGGGUUCAUCCCACCUGGAGGCACAAAAACAUUUGAUUUUAAGCCUGUUAAGGGGCAAUAUGUAAACAUUUUUCUACCUGGGCAUGGGAAAUACCUCACUCUGUGUGAAGUUCAAGUAUUUACAGCAAAGAAGACAUCAGAGUGCCCUUUUGUUUUAAGGUUGGAGGCACGGAGGAGUCCAGGAAUCCAAGAGAGAAUCUCGCUGCUGGAGCUGAAGUUGUCCAGUCUUCUACAUACAAUCAUUUAGGAGCUGCUCAAAAUGCUGUCGAUGGCAAUACGGAGUCAAAUUACAUGCUUGGGUCCUGCACUCACACUGCAGGGGACGAUCCCUGGUGGAGAGCUGAUUUGAAGGAAGUGCACAAGGUAACCAGGGUUAUCAUCACUAAUCGAGGAGACUG